AUGGGGGCUCUCCUCCGUGCCACCCUCUACCUCCUCCCUAUCCUCCUCGGUGCUCAUGUCGUCGAGCCCUCGCUGUUCGACCUCCUCGGGAACCCAUUCGGACGGCCGAGACUUGGUCUCAUCGUGGACCCGUUCCUGCCACGGGCAACUGAGCAACCCGAGCAGGUAGCAGAGGCCGGGAAGAGGCCGGACUUUGAGACGAAGUACGCCGGCGAAUGGAAGCUUGUGAGGGAGAACGCAGGGGUGUCGGCGAUGCACCUGGUGAUCAUGAAGAACAACAAGGCCAUCAUGUUCGACACCACCGUGCUUGGGCCAUCGCAGAUUGCCCUGCCGCAAGGCAACUGCCGCGUGGAUCCCAAUAGCCCGGUGAAAGCGUUGGACUGCUGGGCCCAUGCAGUCGAAUUUGAUAUUGACACCGCUGAGGUCCGGCCGCUUAAGGUCUUGACGGAUACAUGGUGUUCAUCCGGAGGCUUCGACGCUGAGGGAACUCUGGUGCAAACCGGAGGGUAUAACGAUGGGGGAAGAGCCGUGAGAUACCUCAAACCUUGCGCCGGUUGCGACUGGGAGGAGUUCACCUACGAUCUCUCUGCCCAAAAAUGGUAUUCCACCCAACAGAUCCUCCCCAACGGCAGCUUCGUCGUCGUCGGAGGCCGCCGUGAGUUCAACUACGAGUACGUCCCCCCAGCCGGAAAAGCCAACACCGUCCAGGACGUCCGCGACCUCCCUUUCUUAAGGGAGACGACCGACGUAAUAGAGAACAACCUCUACCCCUUCGUCCACCUCAACACCGACGGCAACCUCUUCAUCUUCGCCAACGACCGCGCCAUCCUCCUCGACCCCAAAGCCGACACGGUCAUCCGCGAGUACCCGUCGCUACCCGGCGGCUCCCGCAACUACCCGGCCUCUGGCAUGUCCGUCCUGCUCCCCCUCGACCUCCGCCGCACGGACGUCAACCCCGAGGUCCUCAUCUGCGGCGGCUGCCCCCGCGACUCCUUCAACCUCUCCGCCGUCAAGAUCUUCGUCCCCGCCCUCACCAGCUGCGGCCGGAUCGCCGUCAAUAACCCCGACGCCGCCUGGAACAUGGAGGAGAUGCCGAUGCCCCGCACCCUGGGCGACAUGCUGCUGCUGCCCAACGCCGAGGUGCUCAUCAUCAACGGCGCCGCCAAGGGCUCCGCUGGGUGGAGGCAGGCCAAGGAACCCGUGCUCACGCCGGUGCUCUACCGCCCCGGCCUUGCGGACGCCGACGGCCGGUUCCGCGUGCUGGCACCCAGCACCAUCCCGCGCAUGUACCACUCCACCUCCGCGGUCCUGCCGGACGGGGACAUCCUCGUCGCCGGCAGCAACACCAACGACCGCUACCGGUUCAUCGGCGAAGAAUUCCCGACGGAGCUGAGGGUGGAGAAGUUCCGGCCGCCGUACCUGGACCCGGCGCUGAACAACCACAGGCCGGUCAUCGACGUCAACGUGCUGCCAGGGGAGGGGAUGAAGUACGGACGGAACUUCACGAUCGCCUUCACGACGACGGAACCGGUGGAGAGGGACGACCUGAUGGUGACCAUGUACGCGCCGCCCUUCACCACGCACGGCAUCUCCAUGAACCAGAGGCUGCUGAUACUGAAGACCGAGGAGUUCGCCACCAAGAGCGUCGGGAGCUACGCCAUCACGGUGGUGGCGCCGCCGUCGGCGGCGUACGCACCGCCGGGGUAUUAUCUGGUUCACGUGGUGCACCGAGGAGUGCCCAGCAAGGCGGUCUGGGUUAAAAUCAGUGUUUGA